CACACCUCUUUCCUUUGUUUCUUUUCUCCACUAUCCAUUUUCUUCUUCCACCGACAGAGACUCGUUCUAUAGUCCGCAUUUCUACAUCGCAAAGAUAUUGCUAGGUGCACAAAGAACAAAUAAUCCAUGCUUCAGGAAGUCCAAUUCCACCCUCUACAGCCUAUUGGCGAAAACAUCUACUUCUGCCAGUUUCCCGAGCUAACAAGCAGUGGCCCCGCCCUGAUCACCCUCUGUACUCGGCUGGGAGACGCCACGCCUCCGCGGAUCCAGAAAUAUAUCUCAGGCUAUCAGAACUUGUAUCCGACCUCUGCGAUUCUUCUGAUCACGACGCGCAUCCUAGAGAUCGGUCUACUCCCUUUCAGCGUCCUGCACGCGCGGUUGGCCCCGGCCCGGGAUGUUUUGCGGUGGUUCAACAGCAGCGGCGACCAUAAUGACAGCUAUUCCAUCCUCCUGCAUAUAUUCUCUCAUGGCGGAUGCAAUACCGCCAUCCAAUUAGCCCUCUCUCUCCAGAUAGAGGAUACGAGAGGUCAUCCACCACUCGAAUUAGGGAGAUACCUGGGCGGGAUCAUCUUUGAUUGCUGUCCGGGUGAUACCUCCUUCGGGCGCGCGUACCAGGCCGCAGCGCACUCUUUACCGCCGCGCUCAGUGCUGGCGCAAGCGGUCGGCAGAGUACUGCUUUAUCCGGUGAUUGGUGUUAUUACUGGACUCCAGCAGACGGAAUGGAUGAGCUCGAUUCGGGGCCUGCGACGGCAAUUGAAUGACCCAGCAGUUUUAAAAAAGACGGCUCCCAGGCUGUAUUUGUAUGCAACAGCGGAUCAAAUGGUUCGAUAGGAGGAUGUGGAGUCGCACCAGAGAGAGGCGGCUGCCGACUUGAAGAAGUGUUGUACAGUGAAACAGAUUGCUUUUCCAGAUAGCCCACACUGCGCCUUGGUGAGAGAUCAUUCUGAUCGUUAUUGGGCUAAAAUUGAAGUGUUUUGGGAGGAAAGAGCGACGACAGGAGGUUCUGUGGUGCCUCCGGACUUGCCAUUAAGUCAUAAGCCUCGGAGUCGACUUUGAUGAUGUUGACGGUCAGAAACCGGACCGUGGAAUCGGACUGGUCAUGAUUCUCAGUUCCGCGAAGGGAGCUGCAAGCUAUGCUGGAAGUAGCAUGCCCCCAAAAUCAAAUUGAAGCCAUAGGCCAUUCAAUGACUGGUCAUCUGGGGGACUCAUUCGCUGA